UUUGACGCCCCUAGUUAGACUUCGGUGCUUGGUCUGACUGUUUAGCUGCGUUGCAAGUCAAACCGGCUGUCAAGCCUCUAUUGUGUUUGUGCUAGCUAGAUUAACGUUAGCUGGAUAGCUAGCUAGCUUGUUGAGAUAGUGACUGCGUGAGUUAGCUGAUCCGACCUUAUCAAUGCCUGGGCAUGUAAUCUAAUAUUCUUUGAGGAAAAUAAUUUGAAAUCAUACACAGUCGGCAAUCUGGGAUUAGCAACUCCACCGUGUGUGUCCUGUUGGAGCUCAGACUCACUGGUCUGAAAUAAGAAUUUAAAAUCAUAUUGCGUAUCGUCAGUCAGCUAGCCAGAUCUCCAGGAUGCUGCAGUGAGCCAUGUUCAGAGUGCUGGUCGUGAUGGUGGGCGUGUGGGGGGCCCAGGCGUGCUCGGACCUGGGGAACUGCCCCACCCAGCAGGCCAACACCUCCAGGGACUACUGCUACACCGCCCGGAUCCGCAGCACCGUCCUCCAGGGCCUGCCCUUCGGAGGGGUGCCCACUGUCCUCGCCCUCGACUUCAUGUGCUUCCUGGUGCUGCUGUUUGUCUUCUCCAUCUUGAGGAAGGUCGCAUGGGAUUAUGGACGCUUGGCCCUGGUGACCGACGCAGACAGAAUGGAUCCACGAUACAGCCGCCUGGACGAUCGGGAAUACGUUGCCUCGGCGAUGACGUCCGAGACACCCGAGCGCUACGAGCGCCUCACCUCGGUGUCCAGCUCCAUGGACUUCGAGCAGAGAGACAACGGAUUUUGUUCCUGGCUGACGGCCAUCUUUCGCAUCAAGGAUGAAGAGAUCAGAGAGAAGUGCGGCGAAGACGCUGUGCACUACCUGUCUUUCCAGCGCCACAUCAUUGGCCUGCUGGUGGUAGUGGGCGUGCUCUCAGUGGGCAUCGUGCUGCCUGUCAACUUCUCAGGAAACCUAUUGGAAAACAACGCCUACAGUUUUGGGAGAACCACUAUAGCCAACCUGGAUGCUGAUAAUACUCUGCUUUGGCUGCACACCACGUUCGCAUUCCUCUACCUGUUACUGACGGUGUACAGCAUGAGACGGCACACCUCCAAGAUGCACUACAAGGAGGAUGACCUGGUAAAACGCACUUUAUUCAUAAACGGGAUAUCCAAGUACGCAGAGGAGAAACUCAUAAAGCAACAUUUUGAAAAGGCCUAUGAAAACUGCAUUGUGUUGGAGGCCCGUAUCUGUUACAAUGUGGCCAAACUGAUGGCGCUGAACUCCGAGAGGAAGAAGACGGAACGCAGCAAGAAGUUCUUUACCGACCUGCAGUCUAAAGAGCACAUACCCACCAUGAUCAACCCCAAGCCCUGCGGACACCUCUGCUGUUGCAUCAUCAAAGGCUGCGAGCAGGAGGAGGCUGUCAGCUACUAUACUAAGCUGGAGUCCAAGCUGAAGGAGGAGUACAGGAAGGAGAGGGAAAAGGUCAACAGCAAGCCCUUAGGAAUGGCCUUCGUCACCUUCCAGAACGAAUCCAUGACCGCCAUAAUCCUGAAGGACUUCAACGCCUGUAAGUGUCAGGGCUGUGACUGCCGGCGGGAGCCCAAGUCGUCUCCGUUCAGCUCCAGCCUCCACACACACAACUGGACCGUCACCUACGCCCCCGACCCCCAGAACGUGUACUGGGAGCACCUGUCCGUGGGGGGGGCCCCCUGGUGGCUGCGCUGCUUCAUCAUCAACUGCAUCCUCUUCCUCCUGCUCUUCUUCCUCACCACGCCGGCCAUCAUCAUCUCCACCAUGGACAAGUUCAACGUCACCAAGCCUGUGGAGUACCUGAACAAUCCCAUUGUCACCCAGUUCUUCCCCACUCUGCUGCUGUGGGCUUUCUCCGCCCUGCUCCCCACCAUCGUCUAUUACUCGGCCUUCUUUGAGGCCCACUGGACAAGGUCUGGAGAGAACAGGACCACCAUGCAUAAAUGUUACACUUUCCUCAUCUUCAUGGUCCUGCUGCUGCCCUCUCUGGGACUGAGCAGUUUGGAUGUUUUCUUCCGCUGGCUCUUUGACAAGCGCUUCCUGGCAGACGCCACUGUGAGAUUUGAGUGUGUGUUCCUGCCCGACAACGGGGCGUUCUUCGUGAACUACGUCAUCGCCUCGGCGUUCAUCGGUAACGCCAUGGACCUGCUCCGUAUCCCAGGCCUGCUCAUGUACAUGAUCCGCCUCUGCCUGGCUCGCUCGGCCGCUGAGCGGAGGAACGUCAAGAGGCACCAGGCCUAUGAGUUCCAGUUCGGGGCCGCCUACGCCUGGAUGAUGUGCGUGUUCACUGUGGUCAUGACCUACAGCAUCACCUGUCCCAUCAUUGUCCCCUUCGGCCUAAUGUACAUGCUGCUGAAGCACCUGGCAGACAGGUACAACAUGUACUACGCCUACCUGCCCUCCAAGCUGGACAAGAAGAUCCACUCGGGGGCCGUCAACCAGGUGGUGGCCGCCCCCAUACUCUGCCUCUUUUGGCUGCUCUUCUUCUCCACUGUGCGCACAGGCUUUUCGGCCGCCACGUCCAUGUUCACGUUCGUGGUCCUGAUCAUCACCAUCAUCAUCUGUCUCUCCCACGUCUGCUUCGGACACUUCAAAUAUCUCAGCGCCCACAACUACAAGAUUGACGCCCAGGAGGUGGAUGGGUUAGAGAAUGGGCGCCCACCACUCACCUCCCCCUCCAACAAGUCUGCACAGAUGUACAUUGCCCAGGUGCUGCAGGAUCCGAACGCAGACGAGCUGGGCUCGGGCAGCGGCGAGGACGACGGCCAGGGCUCCUCGCAGGACGAGGAGAUCAUAAACGUGGGGAACAGCCUCAACGAGGCCGACUUCCAGUCCGGAGAGGACAGCCUCAUUGCCAAUGAGGUGCGUCACUGACACUGCCUGAGAUUCGGAGAGACUACCGUGGGUACUGAAUAUGUGAAGAAGAAGAAGAAAAGAAAAAAAAGCUACGGACUAUACCAACCGCUCUGAAAGGUAUCUCUACUCAAAGGCCACCAGAGAGGUACUCGACACUAAUACACAGGAUCACUUCUUUCAUAUGGAUUACUGCAAAAGCUACUAAAGGAUUCUUCCACCUGCUUCACUACCACAACUGCUGGCUUCACCUGGAACUUCAGAAGUCCACAGAGUUGGCAAAACAAGGACAUCGACUUCCAUUCUGUUCAGACUUACUUCUCUUCUAACACUCAAGCAUCGCACAGAGACCCAAACAGUCAGAAAUACACUGAAGAGAUGCACAAAUGGGGAGUGAACUGUUUUUUUUUUUUUUUUUUUUGCCUUGCCAUGCAGGGGGGGACUAGCUUUGUGUCUAUAUUUCCCUAACACUAUUGCACUUGAAGGAGAAUGUUUUGUCUCCGUGCCCUACACUGGUGGGGUGCUGUGGCAUGCGUUUUUACCCCUCGCACCAACCUGAGUCUGGUGUGCGAGAGUUUCAGUGUGGUCAGGCGUGCCUCGAACUUCAGAGGGUGGAGGGCUUUCCCCACAAUCCGUUGGCUCCACCGCCCAUCGUCAACACGCGAAGCUGGGGUCGGAUAAGUAGCUUGUGAGAGAGAACGAGAGCUGGAGGCAAGUUGCGUGCUACGUUUGACCUGCGCUCUGCACAUCUGAGGGCUUCUCUUUGAAGCCGGUGAAGACCACACUCUGCUACUAACACUCCUAACUUGUUUUUUUUUGUUGUUUUUUUUUCCGCUUGUGUUUAGAUUGGGAAACAUUUUUGGACAUUGUACAGCUACAGAACUCUGGAUUUGUAAAAUAGCAAAAAAAAAUCUUUUCUUUUUUUUUAUGGUAUUUAUUUUUUUCCGGCAUGAUAUCUUAAGUUCUAAAAAUCUUUUUGGGGGAAUGAAUUGUGUUCUACCCUUAAAACUGUGGAUGAAGAUUGUUCCCUGUACCUCAUUUUACCAGUCCCUUGUCUGGCCCUCAUCGGGGCCUCUGUUGGACUGUUGCUACUGCUGGAGUCCAGACGUGUGAAGAGUGCCCUGGUGCACCCUCGCCUCCACCGGGACUUACAGGGACAGCGCUCCAACAUGGAAGCAGGGCCUGGCCUCCUGGCCUGUGAGACCAGGCCUCUCCUCCCCUGGAAGCAGGCACUGCUCUGCUCUGGCUGCUGUCUCUGCCUCUAGGCCCGGAAUCUGCACUCAUCCACCUAGGUUCUCCAACAGGCCUCUUUAUUUUAUUUUUUAUGUUUACGUCGCUGUCAAGGUUUUCACUGUCGGUUAGAAUAUUGUCAUACGUGGUUCCUCUUAGGACGAGCAGAUGCCACAUCUAGAGUUUUAGAGAGAACAGGUUGUGUAUUCGAUCUGCAUAGCUUCACCAAAUGAUAAUGACGAGACACAUAAUCAUGUAGCAUAUGUUUUAAAUGUUUAAGCGAUCAUUGUUACGUUACCCCCCCAGUUACCAUGUCUCACACCGUCUUUGCCAUUGGCCACUAUGUCAAUAUAUAAGGUAUUGUGGUUCCAUUGAAAGGAGUCAUUGACAGGAGUCUUGCAACUUACCCCAUUGAUUAGGUGCUAAUACUUUCAUUGUCGGAAAAAACACAGUUGAGUUCUGAUAAUUUGAUGAUAGCCAAAUGGAUACUAAUUAUAUGCUUCUUAUUUUUUUUUAAUCUCAAAUUAUAUUGGAACAUUCAGUUGUCAUUUUAAGUUCUACAUUUCAUUUUCAGAACCAGCAACAAGCUAUGUUUCUUUUCUAGUCAUGCCUCUGGCAGAUAACACAUGCUCAUUGUCAUUUUGAUGUUUUCCUUCCAGUCAAGUCUUGGAUCCACCUCAUGGUUUAAAGAAUAACCAUGUUUCUCUGCACUAAUUUGGGUUGCGGCUUAAACAUAUUAACUUGCUUUUUACUUUGAUAUAUCCUGUAAUGCUAUGUCCAGGAACAAUAAGCCUAGACCAAGUAACAUACUCUAGUGCAAUGUAUUUUCUGUAGAACAAUGACUCACUCAGGUUUUACCUUUAGUUUUUAAGGCAUUAGGUUUUUUUUCACUAGUUCAGUGUCUUUUUCUCUAGUUCAGUGUCUUUUUCAUAAUCUUCAACAAAGAUAGUUCAAUGAGCUUAUUGAACACAGACAUGGAUGUUUUAAUAGACGGAAGCGCAAUGGUCAGAGAAGAAAGUUGCCAGUCUUGUUCUGAUUGUGGGUCAUAAAAAGAAUGAUCUGUUGUGUAGCUACUCGGUGAACAAAUUUGAGCAACACUAAUGUCAUGUUCACUUAAAUGUAUGCUAUCAAUAACACAUACUAAUACUCCAUGAUAUGCCCAUUCGUAUAGGCACCCAUUGUAAGCUUCGAUAUGAUAUUACACCACCAAUGGCAAACUGUUUGGGGACAUCUGAAUCUGGACUAUUCUUCAUCACGACAAGGGGAUUUUAUGAGCUUUCUUCAAAUGUUUUAUAAUAAUGUAUUCAUUAAGCAGAUGUCUAUCCAAAGCAACGCACAGGCGGAAUGUGAACCUGCGAGCCUUUGAUCUGCAGUCAAAGGCCUUUGACCACUGAGCUAUGCCCAUCCACAUGCUUUGUUCUGUUAUGUCUAAAACAUAUGAAAAAUUAUUUGAAAACCUGUUCCUUGUUAUCUCUACUGACUGACUAGAAUGGAUGUCUUGCUCUGAAGGAGAAUUGUAACAUUUGUAAACUCAUGAUUACAUUUGUUAACCACUCAACCAUUGUUGAAUCAAUGGCAAUGUUUUUCCCCUCAGAAGCAAAAACACUGUUGUUCAUUUCUGAUAGAAACAUUUACAAAGAUGUAAGAAAAAUUAUCCUAAGGAGUUCAAUGUUCUGUAGAAGCCACUACUGAUUAUUUUUUUAUUUUUGCAUCGGUCCCUUAGCUGCCUGUGCCUACAGUGUUGUGACGUUAUUUACCAGAAUGAAGCAUAUUUUAAUUAUUCUGGUAAAAAAUAAAGUCUAGAUUAGAUAUGUUAUUACUUCA